UCUCGCCCCAGCGGGGCCUCCCGCGGUUCCAAGACAACAACAAAAAAAAAAAAAAAACCUCUUACAAUCCAGCUCGACGGGUAUUGUCGAACUGCGACAGCAUUCCAGAGGGGAGAGAUUACAAAGUUUUUUUUUUCUCCUGACAGCCGAGAUCUUUCCCGCCAGCCAUGGCGCCGGCGGAGUUUUCCCCACCCGGGACGGCGUCGUACACGUCCGACACCCUCAACGUCGGCGAUGGAACCUGGGAUUUCACCAAGAAUACCUUUUUGCUACCGAACUUGCAGGGACUCAACUUUGAGACUAUGCAAUAUAAUGGCAUGGGCAACCGCUUCUCGACGGUUGGGCAGUACCAUACUCUCAUUCUGGCACACGGCAUACUCGCGACCAUAGCUUUCCUAUUUCUCGUGCCGGCUGCUGUCAUGACGGCACGCUUCUAUACAGGACGCGCCGGCUUCGCAGUCAAAUAUCACGCUUAUUUGAACGUACUGGCGCUGGGCCUGGUCAUUGUUGUCUUUAUACUGGGUUGGUUCGCAGUGGGUCCUACCCGGAGCUUGACGAAUCCACACCAUGGGAUCGGUGUGGCCAUUCUCGUUCUAUUCAUCCUUCAGGCAUUCGGCGGUCGCCUCGUCAGUGGCAUCAAGGGCCGCUCGCUGCGCGUCACUGUUCACCAGUGGUCAGGCAGGGCUAUCGCUCUUCUGGGUAUCGUUCAGAUACCCCUGGGCCUGACUCUCUAUGGGUCGCCAAAGUACUGUUUCAUCUUGUAUGCACUCUGGAUGACUACUUUGCUCCUUACCUAUUUCAUCCUUAGUUACAAGGCGUCUGGUCGUCGAGAAGAGUACUACCUGAGCGGAGCCCGAUCGGAUGCUGGAAGGAGUCGUGUGACUGAGAUCACGGAAACGGAUCACACCGAGCUUACGGAGCGUACCGACCGGAGAUCGAGCGGAGGUGCAAUGAAAUGGUUGGGCCCACUGGCUGCCGGCGCGGGCGCAUUUGCCCUCUUCAGCAAGAGCAAGAAGAAAUCCACCUCGGGCAGCCGAUCUCGAUCCCGUAUGCGAAGCCGCAGCCGAGCCCCGGAGGUCUUGUCAUCUAGGAGAGGAGGAUCUCCCAGCACCGGAUAUUUCGACGACGAGAAGUACAGCGAGAGGGUGGAAGAGAGGAAGAAGGACAAGGGCGGCGGCUUCAUGACUAAGGUCUUGGGCGUCGGCGCAGCUCUGGGUGCUGGAGGUUUACUCGCCAAGAUGAUGAACAAGAAGGACAACCGCCGAGAUGAGACUGAGUAUUCUGCAGUGUCAAGCGAGACACCUACCCGCUACGGACGAGGAUCAUCACGCAGGGGCGACACCGUAAUCAGUGAUUAUACCGACUAUAGCGAGGCUACAUCAGUGAGAAGAGAUGACGACCGCAGACGCCCGAGAUCGCCACUCUUGCCUGGACCUGGAGGUCCCACCAUGGCGGCCGGGGCUCUGAGCGCGGCUGCCUCACGACCUGGAACCGCCGGUGGACGACCAGUCACGCCGCCACAGUCGCAUAGAAGGAACGCAAGACCGGACGACAGUCUUAUCUACUCGGAUUACUCGUCAUAUCGAAGCGACAGCCCCUCAAGACGACUUCCGCCGCCCAAGGAAAGCAGCGGAGGAGGAGUCGGCAAGGGCAUCCUAGCAGGCCUUGGUCUAGGCUGGUUUGCGAAAAAGAUGAAGGAUCGAAGAGACAGGAAGGAAGAGGACCGUAUGAGAAUGGAAGACGAGGAGAGGCGAGGAGGCCAACGGCCUGCCAGGUAUACUGGUGAUGGAUUCGACUCGCCCACGCGAAGACACUCACGCCCCCAGAUCAGGAAUGCGACAAGACCGGCACCGUCACAACUUUCCGAGGUGACAAUGACCGAGUCUUCGAUUGAGCCCCGCCCACCCACAGGCUACGGAGCUGGAACUUCGGUCGGUCCAGCACCAAUACCAGUACCAGUGCCGGUACCUGCUGGCGGCCCACCGCCACCAGCACCUGGCCCGUCGAGAUCGCGUUCGCGGUCGAGGCACGAUACAGAAUAUGUUUCGAUGCCGCCGAUGCCUCGUGAUCCAUACGACGAUUCCCCAAGCGAUCGCUCGCCCGGCCUCGAGCGCACUCCUUCGUCUAGGAGGCGCAGGGAAGGAGAGGCGGCUGCGCAAGCGGCACAGGCUAGCGCAAGUCGCUUAGCUUCGAGCGAAGAUCGGCGAUGGGGACGAGACUCGAGCGUUGCCGGGCAGCCUCGAGUCAGCGUCAAGGUGAAGGGCGAUGACCGCGGCAAUGUGACAUUACGUCAACUGACGCGAGAAGAAGCCUCGGCGGAGCGCAGGGAGCAAAGGAGGCGACAGCGCGAGGAUGACUUGAGCAGCUUGUCCGGAAACGAUACACCAACCGGCGGGAGCGGCAGUAGGACUCGAUACCGACGCGACUCGGACAUUCGAAAAGCUGAGUCGGUGGCGGAGCAACGAGUGCGCGAUGACCCUCUAUCCAUGCCCCCAGCCCCGCCAUUCGCUGGAGGUAGGAGACCGGCGGGCAAGGACUCGGCAUACUUUUCGGGACAGCCUGGGCCAGCAGCUUCUGGUGGUGUGGGUAACUUGCCGGCGGCAGGACAUACGGUGUCCACGCUUGAGAGUGCCGAAAGCCACGGAACAUGGAGCCAGAUGUCUGUUGGGCCCGGAGGACCUCCAGGCGACCCUUCAGCCUCUGCUGCCGAGAGGAGAAGGAGGCGAAGACUCGAGAGGAGAGAUCAGAGGCCAGGCCAGGGAAGCCAGGUGGAAUUCAACUAGGAGGAGAGAGUGUGUUUGCGUGUCGGCGAUGACAUAUUCGGGGGUUUUGUUUUCCCACAUCUCUCGGGACACUAAAAAGAUCUUGCUGGCUUCUUUUUGCGCUUUUCACCAUUAUAUAAUGACUGGCAUGGCAUGGCCCAGGAGUUUCUGGCUUUUCUUUUAUUUACACGGUAGGUGCUCGGUUGGAAAGGUGAAAGACAGUCACAAAUUUUUGGAGGAAAUGUAUAUUUGCACCAUGGAACAUGAUGACUUUUGAUAAAUGAAAACAACUGGAGUUUCAAGAUUGUAAUAAAAUUUCAGCA